CGCUACGCGACGCGUGUUCGCUUCGCGCUCGUCCUCGUUCUGCUGCAGAGAGUGGCGCUCGUGACGUCAUCCUGCUGGAGCGGCGGCUGCUGGGCACGGGCGGAAAAUGGGCACAGAUCUGCGAGGACAAAAGGUUUUGACCCUGAGGAAGACCGAUUAAGUGCCAGAAAGAGGCCUAACAGCAGUCAAGACCUUACUAAAGAACUAAUUGAAGAUAUUGUGACUCAGAAGGAGCAUGUGUGAUGACCCCCUGUUCCUCGCUCAGCCUGUAGCAAUCCCAGCGGAUCUGAGAUGAGUGUUCCUCUGUGGUGCCCGGCCGCUGUCCCUGCUUGCUCUUGGCAGCGCUUGGUGGCGUGAGCAGAUUGCUCCAUCGUGGCAGCCACGGGAGCGUGGAAUGGCCUCUUUGGACCUGCCGUACCGUUGUCCUCGCUGUGGGGAACACAAGCGCUUUCGAAGUCUGUCCUCUCUACGCGCCCAUCUGGAGUACAACCACACCUACGAGACCCUGUAUGUGCUGUCGAAGUCCAACAGCGUAUGCGACGCUGCUGCGCUGCUCCCCCUAGUGGCCGACGGAGCCCUCGCUGCCGAAUCUCGUUUUCCGUACCGCGAGUUGCCCUGUUCUGGCGAAGAGCUUGGUCUUGCCCCCACGUCUACUGCUUGCUACCUGCCCAAUGUGGAGUUUCCCCUGGGCGAGAUCCUGGUGAAGACAGCCAUGAGCUCCGGCGACACCUUGUCCUCCACAGGGAACAAUGCUGUGGCGGUGGCCGCUAACGUGGCGGCUAGUGCGGUGGAGGCGGCUUAUGAGGAGGGCUUGGCUCGGUUGAAAGCUCGAGCGUUUGAGAGGCUCGAGCUGGACGAGAGGCUCGAGAAGUUGUCGGAGGAGGUGGAGCAAAAGAUCUCGGCGCGUGUUGGGCGUCUGCAGGCGGAGCUGGAGAGGAAAAGCUCGGAGCUGGAAAAGGCAAAGCUGGAGAGUGAGAGGCUCUGUCAGGAGAAACAAGACCUGGAGGACAAGGCCACAGAGCUUUCGCGGCAAGUGGACGUGUCAGUGGAGAUGCUGGCCAGCCUUAAGCAAGAUCUGGUUAAUAAGGAGCAAGAGCUCUCACACAAACAACAAGAGGUGUCCCAGAUCGAUCAGUUCCUGCAGGAAACAGCUGCGCGUGAAGCCAAUGCUAAACUGCGUCUUCAGCAGUUCAUCGAGGAGCUGCUGGACCGGGCCGACCGUGCUGAGAAACAGCUCCAGAUUAUCAGCAGCUGUGCCACCACCCCCAACGGCAGCCUGGGACACUGCAGUCUGCAAGGAUCCAAACAUAAUGGACGACAGAGAAAUUCCAGUAUCUCUGGGCCAUCCAGGGGAAUGUACCAAGUGUCCGAUCGACGUUCCUCCCCCAGCACUGCUGCAUCAGGACGAGGAAAGUCUGUGUCCCAGGGUUCAGGAGGUUACGACAGUGACAGUGUGGACCUCCAUGCUCUGGAGGACUGCCCUGAUGCUCAAUACUACCACGUCCAGUGCCGACUUGGGGAGGGAGGCGGAGGAGGAGCAUACGAAAGGACAGGUGCUUCCCGGAGCUGGGGUCUCCGCAAACAGGCCAUCCAGAACUGGCAGCGUCGGCCAUACCGGAACAGCACGGAGGGAGAGGAGGGCGACGUGUCUGACGUAGGAUCCCGCACCACAGAGUCUGAGGCCGAAAUGUGGGAGCAAGACAGGAGAGCAGAGCACGGGGGUAACCGUGGAGGAUACAGACUAGCUACAGGUCGUUCUGAAGGGGGAUACAAGCAUUGCCGCCAUGAGAAAAGCCCCUCUAAAUUCAACGAGGUGAUCAGUCCUGAGGUGCUGAAGAUGCGUGCCGCUCUCUUCUGUAUCUUUACCUACCUGGAUACGAAGACACUCCUGCGGGCGGCCGAGGUGUGCCGGGAUUGGAAGUUUGUGGCUCGUCACCCAGCGGUUUGGACCAGAGUUCUGCUGGAGAACGCUCGCAUCUCCUCAAAGUUCUUGUGCACUGUGUCUCAGUGGUGCACACAGACGCAUUCCCUCAUCCUCCAGAACCUCAAACCCCGGCAGAGGGGGAAAAAGGAAACAAAGGAGGAAUAUCUGAAGAGCACACGUGGCUGUCUUGAGGAGGGUUUGGAGGCUUUGUUGAAAGCUACCGGCAGUAAUCUGCUCAUCCUGAAGGUGUCUCAUUGUCCAAAUCUGUUGACUGAUCGCUCUCUGUGGUUGGCGAGCUGUUAUUGCAGGGCACUACAGGCUGUCACAUACAGGAGUGCGACUGACCCUGUUGGACAGGAGGUUAUCUGGGCAUUAGGAGCUGGUUGCAGAGACAUCAUCUCACUACAGGUGGCGCCUUUGCAUCCAUGUCAGCAGCCAGCACGCUUCAGUAACAGGUGCUUGCAGACCAUUGGCAGAUGCUGGCCACACCUGCGAGCUUUGGGUGUGGGCGGGGCUGGCUGUGGCAUACAGGGAUUGGCUUCUUUGGCAAGGAACUGCAUGCGGCUGCAGGUGCUUGAGUUGGACCACGUCAGUGAGAUAAAUCAGGAAGUGGCUGCUGAGAUGUGCCGAGAGGGACUGAAGGGUCUGGAGAUGCUGGUGCUCACCUCCACACCUGUUACUCCUAAAGCCCUGCUUCACUUCAAUAGUGUGUGUCGUAACCUGAAAUCUAUUGUAGUCCAGAUCGGUAUAGAAGAUUACUUUGAAGACCCCAACAGCCCUGAGGCCAGAAAACUCUUUGACGAAAUGGUGAACAAGCUGCAGGCACUCAAGAAAAGACCUGGGUUCUCCAAAAUCCUCCAUGUGAAAGCAGAUGGCUUAUGCUAACUCUGCUGUGUCGAGGCCAGAGCCACACGAAGGUUCACCGAAUAAUUCAACCUGAUCGAGUCACUCUCUCCUUGAUGAAACGAGGAAGAAUCAAACACUUCCGCUUCAGUUUGAACUCUAAACACCAGUCUACCACACCAAGACGGGCGCCAUCUGUUAGCUUUGACACGACGCAACUAAAUAGUGGAGAUUAUAAAGAUAAUACGUAACAAACUCUACGAGAAGGCAUGAUUACUUGCCUUGGAUCCCGUUCCAACAGUCAGACCCAAUUCAAAACCAGUUACGAUUACAGACUAAGGAUUUUUCUCCUACUUGCCAAACGCACUAAACUUUAAUGAGAUCUCGGAGAACAUGACGUCUCUCUUCAGAGCACAGAGCUGCAGGAGGGAACAGUCUCAUAUUCCAGAUUGACCUGAAACAUACAAUCAAUGUGAAAUCCAAACAGCACAAAUUUAAAAUGCACAUGGGUAAGUUAUUAAUGGGGGAGUGUGUGUUUGUGUGAUCAGCUCAAUUGCUUCCCCGAUGUUCAGCAAAGAGACGCAUUAGUUCAUUAGUCGUCUGGAUGCUUCGGCCAGCCAUAUUUCUUGGACAGUUUCAACAUAACAUGAUCACCAGCUUCAAACAUGGCUUACCGAGACCCUUCUUUAGGGGAUCUAGGGGAUGUCUCCAUAGAAACUACUAUUACUUGCAGCUAUCUUGUGUCCAUAAGUACGAGUUCAGACCAAACGAAGAAGCCAAUAAACGCAAGCUCCGCUGCCUCAUUCGUGUCAGACCCUC